UCCCAUGAUCCCCCGCUGCUCCGGCGAUCACAAUAAAGUAAUAAAAAAUUCAGGAGAAGAAGAGAAGAAAGGCGAGUCGGUGGCUCCUGUAUGUGCUGCGGACAGAGGAGACCAGCAGGGCUGCGUUGAGGCGGUGUUUCCCGGUCAGUGCGCGGAGGGCGAGGCGUGUGUGGAUAAUAUAAUGGAAGCGAUGGGCAGCGACUCGCAUUUCCAGACGCAGUUAUCGUCGAUCAUGGAAAUGCUGGCGAAAACAGCGGUGGCGGAAAUCGGCAAACUUGUCGAGGAGAGUCAUGCGGUGCUGAGGCUGGAGAUUACGCGGAGAAUCAGCGAGAACGAGUCUCUGAAGAGCAGAUGCGAUUUUCUGGAGAAGGAGCUCAAAGCCACCCGGAGAAGACUGCAGGCGAGUGUGGAUGCUCAGUUUGGCAGCGGAUCCAAAGACCUCCCUCAUCGUCCCACAAUUGACGGGGUUUUUGGGAAGGAGUGGUGCCUGGAUCUGUGGAAAGACAAGGAGACCAGCGCAAGGCAGAAGGACGACAGCCAUAAAGACCCCCCUGUGAUAGAGUCUGUUGAUCUAAUCGAUGAUGGACCUGACAUGAUUAUCAUCAAGGAUGAGACAUUUGAAGAUUGCUCAGGGAACAGCAAGGCACAGAGAGACUUAAAGAGUGAUGAGAAAGUUUUAGGGCCCGCAUUCUCUGGCACUGAACAGGACGGGGGCCAGAGUAGUGAAAAUUUUAUUCCCUACAACGAUCCUUUGAACAACACAGAACAGAGACAAGAAGGAGACCAGACUUUUGACCCGAGGUCAUCUACUCUUCUAGACAGUGCAGCUUCAUCAAACAUGAACUUGGACGAAUUUGGUGGUUACUAUCCCAGCAAUGUGAAUUUGGGAAUUCCAAAGACUGGUUCGGAGCAGAAGAAAAUCGAAUGCGUGUUCUGCGGGAAAAACUUCAAUUACUUGAGCUAUUUGAAAGUACACUUACGGACACACUCUGGAGAGAAGCCUUUUGUGUGUUCGGUGUGUGGCAGGAGGUUUGCUCAGAAAACCUACCUCAAAAUCCACAUGCGCACUCACUCCGGAGAGAGACCCUACUCAUGCAUGGAAUGUGGGAAGAGCUUCUCACAGAAAAGUUCCCUUAAUAUACACCUGCGCAGCCACACCGGAGAGAAACCCUAUAGCUGUGUGGACUGUGGAAGACGUUAUGCUUAUAAACAUGGGUUUAACACGCAUCACUGCACUAGCUAG